CGAAGAUGACAGGAGAAACGGUCAGCGAGACCCCGGACGGCUGCCCCACGGAGCCAGCCUUGGAACUGACCAAAGAGCUGGGCCCAGAAGCACAGGUGGAAGAGGUGACUUUGGAACUCAAUGAAACUGCCCCGGGGCCCCCUGCCACCUCUGAGCCUGGGCCCCAGAGGGAAGACCUUCCCAGCGCUCCCUUGCUACUGACUGUGGAAGAUGUGACCGAUAGCUCGGUAACUCUGACCUGGGAGCCCCCAGAGAAGUUGGGGAGCUCAGGUCUGCAGGGCUACCUGCUGGAACGAUGUGAGGAUGGAGCAACAGAGUGGGUUCCUGUGAGCCCAAAGCCGAUGAUGGUGACCCAACAUAUUCUCCGGAACCUGUCCGUGGGAGAUAAAUUCCUGUUCCGGGUUUCAGCCGUGGGUCCGGCGGGGGCAGGCCCCCCGGCCAUCUUAGACCAGCCUGUCCACAUCCGUGCAAUUGUUGAGACACCCAAGAUCUGGGUGCCCCGCUUCCUGCGGCAAACCUACAUACGACAGGUUGGAGAAGUGGUGAACCUGCAGAUUCCAUUUCAGGGAAAGCCCAAGCCCCAGGCCACCUGGACCCACAAUGGGGGUGCCCUGGACCCCAAGAGGGUGAACGUGCGCAGCGGGGACCAUGACUCCAUUCUCUUCAUCCGUGCGGCCGAGCGGACCGACUCGGGCUGUUACGAGCUCUGCGUGCAGCAGGACGGGCAGGAGGCCAGGGCCGCCAUUCACAUCCUGGUGAUCGAGAAGCCUGGGCCCCCACAGAGCAUCAAGCUAGUGGACGUGUGGGGCUUCAACGCCUCUCUAGAGUGGACACCGCCUCUGGACACCGGCAACACGGAGCUCACGGGAUACACGGUGCAGAAGUCAGACAAGAAGUCCGGGCAAUGGUUCACCGUCCUGGAGCACUGCCACCAAACCAGUUGCGUCGUCUCUGACCUCAUCAUGGGCAACAGCUACUCCUUCCGGGUCUUCUCUGAGAAUCAGUGUGGCCUGAGCCCCACUGCCCCGGUAACCUCUGACCUCGCCCACAUCCAGAAAGGAGAUACAGUGGCCAAAUCUGGGGGCUUUAUCCAGAGAGACUUCUCCGAAGCCCCCAAAUUCACCCAGCCCCUUCACGACCGCAUCACCACCACUGGUUACAGCACUCAGCUCUUCUGCUGCGUCCGCGCGUCCCCUAAGCCGAAGAUCAUCUGGAUGAAGAACAGGAUAGACAUCCAGGGUGAUCCCAAAUACCGGGCCCUCAUCAACCAGGGGGUUUGUUCCCUGGAAAUCCGCAAGCCCAGCCCCUUCGAUGGGGGCGUCUACACAUGCAAAGCCAUCAAUGCCCUGGGGGAAGCAUCCGUGGACUGCAGACUAGAUGUGAAAGGGCAGAGUCAGAGGAAAUGGGCUCUUGCUGUAAUAGGAGGGAGUGAGGAUAGACACAGGAAGAACAUCCUGUCAGGCCUCGCACUAGAGUCCCGGAAGCUCAGAGAGAUGUGGAGUGAGCCCCCUGAACUUACGGCGGGGCCCGGAGAGAGGGAGGGAAAGCGUCUGGAGCAUAAGCCGAGGGCUGGACUCGAGCUAGCUAGGCAUGGAGAAGGGCUGGGUGCCAGGAAGAGUCACUACCUGCUGGGAGAAAGAGGCAUCAGUGACCGGGCACCCACCUGGAUCCCGGCUGGGUCCUGCCCUCUCCCAGCCUCAGCGGUGGCAACCUUGUCCUUAUCCUCCAUCGGUCUCGAGCUAUCACGGCAGAUCCUGUGCCCUGCUCUGCCCAGCCCCAUCCAGGACACACUACACACGGGGUCCGGUCGAUGUGACAGCGGAAGCAGUGUGGAGGCCCUGCGGCUGCCCAGGCUUCAUCGUUCCUUGCAGGAGGACAAACUCCUUCACCCCUUCAUCCCUAAGAUGACUUUAAGGGACCCUGAGAAGCUCUCUCCCCGCCCUGCCACGGUAGUGUCAUCAAAGCCCCCAGAGUGGAGCUAA